AUGUCCUCCGAUUACUCCUCAGACGAUAUGCCUUUGGCACGCCCCAAUGGCCAUCUCUCAGCAACCACCAUCUCGAAGGCCGAAGAUAAAGCCAUGGACCGCGGCAAUUCCAGAGCCAAGUCUCUGGUGGCGCCUGUGUCUAUCCGUCAUGGACCCAUUAAGGACGAGCAUGCGAUGGAUAUCGACUCCCCGCCGGUGAAUGGCAACAAACGGAAGUCGCGAUCCUCUUUCAACCACACUGUCAGCUAUAAGGACGAGUCGGACAGUGAGGAUGGCCCUAUGACCAAGCGGCAGAAGGCUGACUCGGACGAUUCUGACGAUGAUGUCCCCCUUACCAAGCGGAAGCCCAAGUUGCCUCCCAAGGCCAGCGAGACGGACAUGCUCGACAUAGAUGAUUCUGAUGAUGACGAACCUCUGAAUGUCAAGCUGGCGCAGAAAAGGAAGUCGAUCGAGAAUGCUGCCGCAAGAGAGGCCAAGCAAGCGAAGCAAAGGAAACCCGCACCGAAAAAGUCAAUUAAGGAUGAAUCCGAUGACGAUCUACCCUUAUCUCGCGCGAAACCGGCGAAAAGACAAUCGAACGGCACUGCCGGCAAGUCCAAUGGAGUGAAGAAGGACAUAGACUCGGACUCCGAUGCGCCCAUCCGUAAGAAGAAGACCGCACUUGCCACGAAAGCAAAGCCAACGAAAGCCACUCCGGCCAAAAAGGUUCCUGCGAAGAGUGCCAAGAAGGAGCAGAGCGAGGACCCAGGUGACGGUGAAGAAGGCGAAGAGGAGUAUCGAUGGUGGGAUGCGCCCAAGAAGGAAGACGACAGUAUCAAGUGGAAUAUGCUCGAGCACAACGGCGUCUUGUUCCCGCCCGAGUAUGAGCCUUUACCCAAGAACGUGCGGCUUCUCUACGACGGCACUCCAGUCAAUCUUCAUAUUGAAGCCGAGGAAGUUGCUGGCUUUUUUGGCGCCAUGCUGAAUUCGACACACAAUGUGGAGAAUCCAGUUUUUCAGAAGAACUUCUUCGGCGACUUCUGCGAGAUAAUUACGAGAACCGGCGGCGCCAAAGACAAACAAGGCAACAAGGUGGCCAUCAAAGAGUUCUCAAAGCUCGACUUCAAGCAGAUUUUUGAAUACUAUCAAGCCAAGAGUGACGCUAGAAAAGCACGGCCGGGUGCUGAGAAGAAGGCUGAAAAGGCGGAAAAAGACAAGGCAGAAGCAGCUUACAUGUUUUGCAAAUGGGACGGUCGUAAAGAGAAGGUUGGCAACUUCCGAGUCGAACCCCCGGGUCUGUUCCGUGGCCGUGGUGAGCAUCCCAAAACCGGCAAGGUGAAGAAGCGCGUCCUGCCCGAACAGAUCACCAUCAACAUUGGCAAGGAUGCCGAGGUGCCGCCUGCGCCAGCGGGUCACAAGUGGAAGGCUGUCCAACAUGACAACAAGGCGACUUGGUUGGCCAUGUGGCAGGAAAACAUCAACGGUGCUUACAAGUAUGUCAUGCUUGCAGCAAACAGCAGCGUCAAGGGCCAGAGUGACUUCAAGAAGUUCGAGAAGGCCCGCAACCUCAAAAACCAUAUCGCCAGGAUACGCAAGGACUAUCAAACUGAACUUCACUCAAGUUUGAUGCAGGAUCGGCAGCGAGCCACCGCGAUGUACCUGAUCGAUAAAUUGGCAUUACGUGCUGGUAACGAGAAGGAUGCUGAGAAUGAGGCCGAGACUGUUGGCUGCUGCUCUCUCAAAUUCGAACACGUAACCCUAAAAGCCCCGGACACUGUCAUCUUUGACUUCUUGGGUAAGGACAGUAUUCGGUAUUACGACGAAGUUCGCGUCGAGAAGCAAGUGUUCAAGAACUUCCAACAUUUCAAGAAGCCCCCGAAAGGGGAGGGUGAUGAUCUCUUUGAUCGCCUUACUACCACACAACUGAAUAAGCACCUCUCCAGCUACAUGCCAGGUCUGACAGCGAAAGUCUUCCGUACUUACAACGCAUCGUACACCAUGGGCAAACUGCUUAAGGACAUCAAGGUGGCUCCUAAUAUGACGGUAGCCGAGAAGGUAAACCUGUACAACCAAGCCAAUCGCGAGGUUGCUGUUCUCUGCAACCACAAGCGAACAGUUGGAGCCGGCCACGAGGCUCAGAUGGAGAAGCUCGGCGAUCGCAUCAAGGGACUGAAGUUCCAGCAGUGGCGUACCAAGCUGAUGCUCAUCGAUGUGGAUCCCAAGCAAAAGAAGAAGAAGGGUGCUGACUUCUUCAAACUGGACGAGGAUCUCGAUGAUGCCUGGAUCCAAGAGCACCUGAAUUUUCUCGUAGAGGAAGAGCGCAAAAAGAUAUCAAAGAAAUUUGAGAAAGAUAACCAAAAGCGUGUCGCCGAUGGCGAGAAACCCAUGCCCGACAAGGAGCUUAAGGAGCGCCUGAAGGCGGCUGAUGACCUCGGGAAGCAGUACAAAAAGGAGUACAAGUCCCAAAAGGUCGAGGCUGAGGGCAAGGGCCCUACCGUUGAGAAGAUCGAGGCCAAUAUCAAGAAGAUUGAUGACCGCAUCAAGAACUUCGAGCUGCAGGCUGCUGAUCGAGAAGGCAACAAGGAGGUUGCUCUUGGAACCUCGAAGAUCAAUUACAUUGAUCCUCGUCUGACAGUCGUCUUCUCCAAGAAGUUUGAUGUCCCUAUUGAGAAGCUGUUCUCGAAGACGCUUCGAGAAAAGUUCAAUUGGGCUAUAAAGUCAGUUGAGGACGAGGAGAACUGGGAGUUCUAA